AUGAUCCAAAAAGACAUUGCCAAUGCUUGUGCAAAAGAAACGGUGAAAGCUAUAAUUGGAGACUUGAAUGGAGAUUACUUUGGUAUAUUAGUGGAUGAGUCCAAAUAUAUCUCACACAAAGAACAAAUGGCUCUCAUGUUGCGGUAUGCUGAUAAGAAUGGUGAGGUGGUAGAACGAUUUAUCAAUCUAGUCCAUGUUAGUUAUACAUCGGCAUGCUCAUUAAAGAAAGAAAUCUACUCUUUGCUUUCCAAUCACUCACUAAGUCCAUCUAAAAUACGUAGACAAGGUUAUGAUGGAGCUAGUAAUAUGAGAGGAGAGAUAAAUGGUCUCAAAACUUUGAUUAAGAAAGAUAGUCCAUCGUCAUAUCACAUUCAUUGUUUUGCUCAUCAAUUGCAAUUAAUACUUGUAGCUAUUGCUAAAAAACAUGGGGAUGUUGAAGACCUCUUUGAUCAUGUUACUAAUGUGUUGAAUGUUGUUGGAGGAUCUUUUAAGCAUAGAAAUUUGAUUCGUCAAUCAUCAAGCUGA